CAAUUCUUUCUCCAAUCAAAGUGUCCCAGUGGGCGGGGCUUAUGUCAUUUCCAUGGUGCGUUCAGAAGCUACAGGUUAAACACGAUGGCGAGCCAAGGUUCAGGUCAGGUGGAGAUGGACCAUGAUUCAGUACAGAGGUCUACUCCAGCAGGUCUGGGGGACGGCCGAACAGAGACAGACGCCUUUUAUAGAAGCUCUCGUGUCAUGGACCCCAAUGAGGAGUACAACAUGAAUCACAAGCGCAGAGGUCUGGCUCUCAUCUUCAACCAGGAGAACUUUUACUGGCAUCUCAGGCUCAAUUCUCGAAAUGGAACCAAUGCAGACAGGGACAACCUCAAAAGGAGGUUUGAACAGCUCGACUUUGAGGUGAGGGUUUAUGACGAUAAGAAACGGGACGAUAUUCUGCGCAUUAUUACCGAGGCUUCAAAAGCUAAUCAUGUAGACGCUGACUGCUUUGUCUGUAUGUUCCUGAGCCAUGGUGAAAACGGACAUGUUUACGCCUAUGAUGACCAGAUCAACAUCCAGGACAUGACUUCUCUGUUCAGGGGAGACAAGUGUCCGAGUCUAGUGGGGAAACCAAAGAUCUUCAUCCUGCAGGCGUGCCGUGGGGACAAACACGACGAUCCGGUCACUCCCAUGGACGUUGUGGACAGCAAGGAGGUCAAUCAGAUGGUGGUGGACGCCGGCGUGGUCCAGACACUUCCUGCAGGAGCCGACUUCAUCAUGUGCUACUCGGUAGCUGAGGGUUUUUACUCACACAGGGAGACAGUGAACGGUUCCUGGUUCAUUCAGGACCUGUGUGAGCUGCUGCAUCAGUACGGCUUCAAGCUGGAGUUCACCGAGCUCCUCACCCUCGUCAACCGCAGAGUCUCUCAGCGCAGUGUGGAGAGAUGCAAAGAGCCUUCAGCAUUCGGCAAGAAACAGGUGCCCUGCUUCGCCUCCAUGCUCACCAAGAAGCUCUACUUCAGGUCCAGGCGAGGAGAUUACGUGUAGACGCUCAGCUGCACACACACACACACACACACACACUACAGUCAGGGAUUCUGAUUUAUCUUUUAUCUUACAGCUAUGGUAGAGUUUAUUCAGCCACAAUGUUUACAAAAGCUUGCAGGGUUUAUUUACACUUGGGAGAAUUUCUUUCCUCUACUGAGAAACCAAUGAGAAUGCAUUGUUCUGGAAGAGACAAAAUGAAGAUAGUAGAGCCAGCAUCAGGGGACCAAUUAAAAUCAAGGGUUAUCUCAGGUACUUAAUGAAAACGAGGCUGUAUUUGGGGAACUGGUUGAAAUGAAUGAAAACAGAUUAUCAGGCUGGUUAACCAAUCAAACAUAAUACAGGAAUAAUUUAGAGAAAUGAAAACAAAGUACAAAUAUAAAUAGGUUGGGGAAAAGAAGAGAGUGAAAUCUGAAAGAGUUGAAUAAUAAUUGAACUUUAAAUGAGUGUAAUCUACAGGGAGACAAUAAACAUGAGAAUGAUUUAAACGAACCAAUGAAAAUGGGAAUUUAUAUAAAUAGAAAGAAUGGAAAUGAAGUGUUAUCUAAAAGGGACCAAUAAAAAUCAUGAGUUAUCUAAAGUGAACCAAUAAAAUAGGAAUGUUUACUGAAGGAAACCAAUAAAAAUAUAGAGCUAUAUAAAGGGAACCAAUGAAAAAUGUAAAAUUAGUUAAUGGGAAUCAGUGAAAAUGGAGGGUUAUCCACUGGGAAUAUGCAAAUUGGUGGUUAAAUCAUAAUAAUUUUUAAAUGAAAGGUAAUAGAGUAGCUUAUUAAAUUGCAGGAUUAAUUCCAGGGGAAAAAAGAGUUAAGAUUGGGAAUAUAUAUAUAAUGGUGUUUUUUCUCAGGGAUUUUCUAAAAGUGGAUUUUUUAAUAGUGCAUUAUAAAAAAUUAGCAAUAAAAUGUAACAUUUUUCCAGGCAACCAUCAUGUCAAAGCAAAAUAAAAACAGAUGUUAUGUUAGAAAACCACUGGUCACAGCAGUAGAGAUUUUCUUUUCCUUCAGGUGCUGGUUUCUGUAAUCCAGAUGUGAACCAGGUCGUACAGUGCAGAUGUUCAUUUCGCUUCCCUCAUCCACGUGACUGUCUCUGGUUGUGGUGUUAGUAAAGUAUGUACACACAGGCGAAAGUACCGCCGUUACCUGUUUAACACGUUCUAAUCAUUUUUGUGGUCUGAGAGAGAAAAGAGAGCAGAAGGUAAUUUACAGGUUAGAGGUUUUAUGGGGAUUUGACUAAACACAGAUUACUGUACAUACACACAUUAACUCAUUAAUGUUCAUGUGAACAGAAUUGAAGCAGAAUCUGUUCUUCUCGAAAACAUCUUAAAUUUACAUAGGAUACAAAACUAAACACUGCUGUACAUUAAAAAUGUACCAAAAUGAGCAAAAAAAAGGACCUGAACACGAAACAAACCUCAAACAGCUCCGUGAUAUGAUGGUGUAAGAUGUGAUCCUGAGAGAUCUGAUCAGAUCUGGUGUGAACACAAUAUCAGAACAGAGUAUAAUAAUGUUGUUGUUGAUUCAUUCUUCCCAAGUUACACUUCAAACUAUAGAGUUUAGAUUGUGUGUUCUAAUAACAACACUAAUUACUACUACUAAUGACAUGCCUUCAGAAUAGGGCUUCUGAUGGAUCUGACUUCUAGAUCUGACUUUUAUUUGAUCAGGACACUAACUGUGUGUGAAACAGAACCUCGAAGCACAAAUGUAUUUGUAUUUUGAUUAGAAAUAUUUUAGCUAAAAUACAAAAAAACUGCAUCCUUCAGACACAGAAACCCUGAGGAACACGUUUAGAGUUUGUGUUUGUUCAGAGACGCUACAUUUGUGCGAUCAGACGUGUCACCUUGCUGUAUUUUUGAUAAAUCUGUGUGUUUGUUGUUAUUUGGUUUGAUGUAAAGUGCUGGAUUACUGGUGUUGGGUUUGCACUCUAUCAUACAGAUGUGUUUUUAUUCAUUCGGGACGGUUGUGGUGAAGAAUCUGACUGUUGUUUUCUCCGUUUUCUGUGGCUGGUUUGAGUAAUAAAAAUCGUGAGCUGUG